ACGCAAGGUCUUCGGGAAAGAAUCCUGACAACAGGCGUACCGUAUUACCACUUACUGACCGCCACCAGUAAUAUAUUUUAUUUGUAUAUUAUAUUCUCCAGUUUCACGACGCGGUUUAAGUACGACGGACACUACGGACCGACGGUUUUAUAUAUUUUCGAUUUGAUUUUUUGAUUUCGUUAAAAUAUGGUUUGCGACAAUAUUAUGGUAUAAUAUAAUAUAAUUACUGCUAUUGAAGAAAUAACGUAGUGCCUACCGUUUUCGUAAUUUUAACGCCGUCUUAGACUUUCAAUAAUAAUAAUUUAAUACAUACUUAACUUAAGGAAUAUCGUCUGAGUGAGCUUGUCAUCCGUCUCAAAAUGGACGACGCCGCUGCCUCCUCCGCCAUCAACGAACCGGAACCUGGAUCGCUGCUAAUUAAAUCCAGCAUUACGAGUGACCGGCAUAAAUAUAAACGAAUAUUAUCACAGGUAUGUGCGAUGGCCGCUCAGAGUUUGUUGAUGUUGGACUUGGGAAUGAUGAUAGUCGUUCCAACAAUUGUCAUCGGCGCCCUCCAUAACGCAAAAGAGGGCCUUUCGCUAGACGAUACUCAGUCCUCGUGGAUUGCUAGUAUAAUUUUGCUGUGCCAACCUCUGGGCUGCAUGCUGUCGGGAUGCUUGCAGGGCAUUUUUGGCCGGAAGUGGUGCAUGCUGCUGGUGAACGUGCCCCACCUGGCCGCCUGGUACCUACUAUACACUGCUGGGUCCCCGUGGGUGCUGUAUACCGCCUCGGCCGCCAUGGGCAUAGGCAUUGGGUUCCUGGAGGCGCCCACCAUGGCUUACAUCGGCGAAAUCAGUGAACCGGACGUCCGGGGCGUACUGUCCACGUUUGCCAGCUCCAUGAUCGUUCUGGGACAUCUGUUGGAGUUUGUACUAGGUUGUAUACUUCCGUGGAGGACGACAAUGCUCGUCAGCGGUCUGGUGCCUGUGAUUGCCGCCGUCUCCAUAUUGCUGAUCCCUGAAUCACCCGUCUGGUUAUUGACGAAAGGAAGGAGAGACGAAGCAUUGUUGUCUUUGAGAUGGCUCCGGGGCUGGGUUUCCGCCGAAGAGGUGAGUGAAGAAUUUCACAAUCUUGAACUGUACUGUCAGAAAUCUAAAAACGAGUUCCACAGUUUGUUGGAAGCCAAGAUCAGAAAAUCGUCCGGAUACACCGGUGUUCCAGAUAGCGAAUUCGUCACGAAGAGAGAACCCAACGCCAUCGACGUGGUCAGGGACUUUUUGCGUCCCGGGAUCUUAAUACCAUUGCGGCUGGUCGUGGUCUACUUUUUCUUCUUCCACGCCGCAUCGCUGACGGCCAUGCGACCAUACAUGAUCGAAGUCUUUUCCCGUCUGGAAGUGCCAAUAUCACCGAACGUACUCACUGUGUUGUCUGCGGCCUUACAGGGCACAGGAGCACUGAUAUGCAUGUGUCUGGUGCGCCUGGUCGGAAAAAGAGCUCUGUCGUUGGUCUCCAUGUCAGGCUGUGCGCUGUGCUGCCUAUCCUUGGGCGCCUACACAUACGUCACAACACAACACCAGUGGUCAUCCGUACCGACGAUACCACUGUUGCUGUUUUGUACGCUGUACUUCACCAUAAACUUGGGCAUCAGUCCCAUACCAUGGUUGCUGAUCAGCGAAGUAUUUCCAAACCGAGGACGAGGAGUGGCUAGCGGAAUGUGCGCUGCAAUCUUUUACGGCAUCGCUUUCUUGGUGUCGAAGACCUGGUUGAAUCUUCAAAGCUCGGUGGAUCUAUACGGAUGCUUUUUCCUGUAUGGAAUCCUUGCAGCUAUCGGCAUUAUAUUCAUAUACAUUUGUUUGCCUGAGACUGAAGGCAAAACGCUCGCCGAAAUCGAAAACGAUUUCGCGAAGAAAAACGUUAAAUAAGUUAAAAUAUCAAACACAAAGUAAUAAUAAAAUAAUACAUCAUCGUGUAUUGACGUGUUGUGUGUAUACACAACAGAAAAGGUCCGGUCACAAGUGUACUGCAAAUAUAUUUUUAACGUCCCCUACCAAUAUAAGUAUAAUAAUUCAAUAUUUGUAUUAUAUUACCACCAAUGACAAAUUUAGUUUACAAGAUGCAAUAUUAUAUUAUAACAUAACAUACUAUUAUUGUGUUCAUAAUACUUUAAUUAUUUAUUAGAGUAAUGCUAUGGAGUUAUUGAGUGAAAAUAUUUUCAUAAAAUCAAAAUUAAAUGUUCUAUUAUAAAAAUGUAUAUUUCAUUUCAAAUUGUUUUUUUCUUGGAAAUUAAAAUAUAUUAUACUCUAACACCGUUCUUCCAAUAAUCAUGUCAUCAAGUCAUAUUUAAACUUACAUUUAAGAUGUAUAAUAAAUAAUAGUUAUUUACUAUAUAUUUUAUAGUUUAAAUUUUGUUUAUACUUAGAUACUCUACGUAAAAAUGUCUAUGAAUUAAUAUACACAAAAGUAUAUACAAUAUUACAAUGUAUUUUCAUAUAAUAUGGUCUUGUAUUAAAAUAAUUUUUCGGCCUUACAUUGGCUAUCCAACGCGUCUUACAUUUUAUACAUUCUUGGUUGAUAAUAAUUUUUAAUUUAACAAAAAAAUAAUUCGUUUUUUUUUUUAUUCAAUCGGAAUAUAUUUUGUAUUACAUUUUUAUUUAUCAAGUUUAAUAUACCAAUAGAAAACAUA